GACUAAGACUUAGUCCGGCCAGUGCUCCUGGAUUUGGGAGUGGGAGUGCCAGUGAUAGGCUACGUGAUGAUGACAGGUAUAUACAAGUAUCAACCAAGUUCUGUGUCAGCAUUUAGCACUUGAGCGGCAAAAUAUGGGGACACAUCAAAAGUCACUUGCUAACCUGCAGUGCGAUUGACUGCCACUGGGGGGGGCAAGAUGUAGCUGUUUGAGCCACCUACUACUGUCAGUUUUUCAGUGCCAAGCUGUUACAUACUGGUUUCAAUCCAUCAGAUUUGCUGUGCUCUUUUCUUUUCCAGUCGAUGUCGAGCACUGGCGCUACAUUUAUUAUUUGUUUUUUGGAAGAAUCUAAGGGGUGUGAUGCAAAUUGAAGAGCUAUGUGCCACACAAUUCACAAGGUGAGCACCCUUUUUAAAUGUAGAGACCGGCUGACUGUGAAGAGAGAGCCUUUUCAAUUCCCUGGACUUGUGUAAGCUGAGUGCACAUCCAGCUUUUCUUCACUUUCUUGGAAAGUUAAGCAGAUAUAUAAUCACCACACCAUGCAUAAAUAAAGCAGGAAAGCAUCAGUGCUCGGCUGAAUGAAGAUCCAGCAAUUAACUAGGGAUGAUGCUCCUCAUAGCAUUUACCAGAAUGAAGGAGGGCCGUCGCUUUAUUUUGCAUUCAGAAACAUUGGCUAGCCAGCCCAGCCUCUUUGUGUAUACUUAAUAUAUAUAUACAUACAUAGUGUCCCGAGACAUUGACACAUACAGGAGUUAAUUGUUGGGGGAUGCCACACUAGCUCCUCACACAUGGACGAUGAGUGGAGGCCGGUGAUGGCCAUGCUCGUCUUCAACCUCAUCUCUGCUGUGAUGACGGCGCUGGUGAAGAAGGCGCUCCAGCAAGGGCUCAACGCCCUGGUCCUCAUCACUCUUCGCCAGUUGGUGGCCACUCUCUUCCUAGCACCAAUAGCCUACUUCAAAGAACGGAACACAAGGCCUAAGCUCACGCUAGAGAUCUUUGUGUACCACUUCUUCAGUGCAGCGCUUGGUGCUUCCCUGUCGCAGUACAGCUUCUUCUACGGGCUCAAGUUGACGACUGCGACGUUCGCCAUAACAUUUGCCAACAUGGCUCCUGUCCUCACCUUCCUCAUUGCCAUAGCUCUACGGGUCUGCAAAGAUGGUGGGGACGCUCAUGUCGCUCGGUGGAGUGCUGCUGCUGAGCCUCUACAAGGGCAUGGCCGUGACACACCACAGCAGCGGCACUCCUCCGCCCUCUCAAGUACAACUAGGCAACGACGGCGACAGGAAGGUCUGGAUGCUGGGGACUGUAGCGUUACUGGCCAACUGCCUCGUCUUCUCCCUGUGGUUGCUGCUGCAAAGCAGGCUGACGAACAAGUACCCGGCGCUCUACUCCAGCACCGCCUUCAUGUUCUUCAUCAGCACGCUGCAGACAGGAUCGCUGACGGUGACGGUCGAGUGGCACCACGCGUCGGUGUGGAUUGUCACAAAGAAGCUGGAGAUGGUCACGAUAUUGUAUUCGGGAAUCAUGGCGUCUGCAGCAGGCUUCCUGAUAAUGACCUGGUGCGUCCACAAGAGGGGUCCAGUUUUCACUGCAGCCUUCAUCCCCAUCGUCCAGAUCAUGGUGGCCAUCAUCGAUUUCUUCUUCCUCCAUGAGCAGCUAUACCUUGGCAGUGUUCUGGGAUCCGCGCUGAUGAUAUUUGGACUUUACCUUCUGUUGUGGGGAAAGAAGAAGGAUGCAAUGGCGGCAUGCUCUGCAGGUACGACCAAACAUGACGAAGAGGCCAGCAUCAACAAGUAGCUUAGUGAAAUAAUCAGCAGUCAGCAUCAUCGAGUGGUGGCAAACACAGACAUGUACUAGUGGCGGCAUCUGCAAUUGUUUGAAGAAAAGAAAAUCUACGAUCGAUCCAGACCCCUUUUGCCAUGCAUGCAUGAGAUGUGUUUCCAGCAACACUAAUUAACAGAACUGCCGAUCGAUGAUAUCACGAGUUUAUUGUUCAUAACCACUUGUCAAUAAAAACUUUUGCUUUUAUAUAGUCAAAAGCAUUACUGCUUAAGUUUUUUUUUGUGUGUGUUUGGAACGAAA